UUCAUUUAACUAAAAUGUUUCAUUACAUUUACAAGUUCUCAAAUAAAACAAGUCUGAGUCUUCUGCAAUGCCCCAUCUACACCCUCCACUUCUAAGUUUCAACCACUAACUUACUUCUUCCUUGGGAUUCUCCCUAAGUCAACUACUUUUUUUGCUCCUACUAUAAAUAACAAACACAGAUCUCACACUUCUCUUCCAACGUACAGUCAAAGGCAGUGCCAAAACAUCAUUAUAAUUAAAUAUCUCCUUAAUUCUCUCCUUCUUUGUCUCUUCUAUUUUUGUGCAAUAAUGGAGAAAGAGGAUGUUGCAUCAAUUUCUUCAGCACCAGCCACACCAGGCACUCCUGGUGCUCCUCUGUUUGGUGGGUUCGAAGGAGAGAGAGAUGGCUUUGGAAAUGGAAGAAGAUCAUUUCUCACAAGUCCAUGCAGGUGCUUCGGUGUUGAAGAAUGGGCCAUGGAAGAAGGGAGACUCCCUCCUGUCUCUUGCUCAAUCUCAUUCCUUGUUCCCCCUCCUGUCUCUCUUGCAAGAAAGGUAGGGGCUGAAUUCAUUGGCACAUUUAUACUCAUGUUUGCGGGGACAGCCACAGCCAUUGUGAACCAAAAAACAAAAGGGGUGGAAACCCUACUCGGCUGCGCCAGCUCCACCGGUCUCGCUGUCAUGGUCAUCAUAUUGUCCAUCGGCCACAUUUCCGGAGCCCAUCUCAACCCCGGUGUCACCAUCGCCUUUGCUGCCUUAAAGCAUUUCCCAUGGAAAAACGUUCCAGUAUAUAUAGGAGCACAAGUAGCGGCAUCAUUAUGCUCAUCAUUUGCACUGAAAGGGAUAUUUCAUCCGUUCAUGGGAGGGGGAGUGACAGUGCCUGCAGAAGGAUUCGCAUAUGGGAAAGCUUUUGCUUUGGAGUUUAUUAUCGGAUUCAAUCUUAUGUUUGUCGUCACCGCCGUGGCAACCGACACUCGGGCUGUGGGGGAGCUUGCAGGAAUAGCUGUGGGAGCUACUGUGGCUCUUAACAUUCUCAUAGCCGGACCUUCUACUGGUGGUUCAAUGAAUCCAGUGAGAACUUUGGGUCCGGCUGUUGCGGCAAACAAUUAUAAGGCCAUAUGGGUGUAUCUAACGGCUCCAAUCCUAGGAGCACUAUGUGGCGCGGGAUGCUAUACUGCAGUCAAACUACCAGACACAGAAGGUGAAAGUCAUGAAAGGCCUACUUCAGCAGCAAGCUUCAGAAGGUGACAAGAUGGAAACAACUGCUCUAUAUCAGUGGUACAUACAAAGACAGAGAAAGAAUAAGAAACGAAUAAGUUUGAUGGUUGUAUCAAAUAAAUGUAUGAUAGUCAGGCUAGAGACUUUGGGAAUGGGUGAAGUAUUGAGUUUGUAAUAUAUGUGUAAAGGAUUGAGAUGUAAUCUCCUAUGUCAAAUUUCCUCCAAAAUCCUAUAAAUCUUGAUCUCAUAUUGACAAUGACAACAAA